UCCAUUCCCAUGGUGACUUAAAAGAUCAGCUCACACUACACUUGUUUCCAUAUCCAUCCAUCUUCUAAUUUGCUUAUCCAGUUUAGAGUCAUUGUGUAUAUCCUAGCAGUACAAUAUGGAAGUCAUCUCUGGAUGGAGUAUGAGCCUCUCACUGAGCAUAUUCCCUCUUUCACCCAUGAUAAGCCAUUUUGGUGUUAUUAAAUAUUAGAAAUGUGGGAGGAAAACCAAACUACUUGGAAGAAAGCACACACAGGUAGUUUCAAUAGAUAUUUUUUUACAUCUCAAGCACAAGUUUAAGUUCAUUUAUUUGUUCAGGGUCAGCCAAUGAGACAGGAUUGAACUGGUAACGUUGCGGUUUACAGUCUAGCAUAUUAUAACUACUUGACAUAUGAAGAAUCUGAUUUUUGCCGAGGCCCUGUAUGAAAUGCCGCAAUGGGAUUAUUGUUCUACUGCUGCAAUGGUACUUAUUGCAUUUUUUCAUUUGGGCCCUCAUGGACAGGCAGAGCAUUUGUAAAGUGGCUGACUUUCCAGAUUUAUUUGAAUAUUUACUGGGGUGGUGCUGAAACUCCCAUUUUGGUGUUAAUUUGCCCUGGUGCUAUGUCCUUCUUCAGUUACCUAUGCACUUUCCUCAGCGGCACCUUCUGCUUUGUUCGAGAUGCACGAGCCUCAAAACUCUUUGGGAUUGAGACUCUGGCAUAAGAGGCCGCUCUCAGUCUUUAACGUCUUGUUGCUUUACACUUCCUUCCUGAGUCACAUUGGCCACCGCGCAGGAAGUCGCAGGAGAUGACAAGCUCUCAUUUCCUCACUGUGCCACAGCACAUAAGCCCAGUGUGCCUGCUUGUCAAUUUCUUCGAUUUAUGUAGCUUGGCUGUCUCCUUUGGUACUUUGCCUUCUAUCAACUAUUGGGAAGAAGGCGGCGGAAUUUAUCAUUUUCAAGGUUCUAGCUAGUGGGUGAGUGGGCCACAAUGGAAGGAAUGGACCAAGAGAUUGCUGAAAUUUUCGCCCAGGCCUCCCUGCAGGCCAGUCCUUGUGAAGACUAUUCAAAUUUCCUGGGUGGAAAGAACAAACUAAUUCACCCGCAGUCUCUCAAGGAUGCCAAAUUUGAGCAACUGAAGGAGGUUCUAAUUUCAUGGAUCAAUGAUAAACUGAAAAAAGAGCACAUUGUGAUCCAGAGCCUUGAAAAGGAUUUAUAUGAUGGACUCAUACUGCAUCACCUAUUUGUAAAACUUUCUGGUGUCGAGAUGAAAGUGGAAGAAAUUGCCCUUACAGAAAAUGCACAGAAGCGCAAACUCACUAUCAUCCUGGAAGCUGUGAAUGAGAAGCUAAAUCUGCCAUCUGAUGAAUUGUCUAAAUGGAGUGUAAAUGCAAUUUACAGUUGUAAUCUGCUAGCCAACUUACACCUACUAAUUGCCAUGGCCAGAUGCUUCCAGCCUGACCUGGUUUUGACACCUAACGUAUGUCUGAAAAUUAUUGUACUUGAGGUGAACAAAAAUGGAAUCAAGUCAGACACAAUCUUAGAGUGUAUCACUGGUGGCAGCGCUGAAGCAGAUGAGACCCUCAAAGAUCCAAUUGAGGAGCUAUUAAAACUGGCCCCAGAGAAAGUGAACACAGUGAAGCAGGCUAUCCUGCAUUUUGUCAAUAAGAACCUGGAAGGGUUAGGCCUGCGAGUGACUGACAUGAACACACAGUUUGCUGAUGGGGUGAUGCUCAUUUUGCUUAUUGGUCAACUAGGAGGCUACUUUAUCAAUCUGAAUGAAUACUGCUUGACCCCAAGCUCCAACUCUGAAAUGUUGCUAAAUGUAACCUUUGCUCUGGAUCUUCUAAGCAAUGAUGGGCUUCUUCCAGCUGGCAUUGGACCUCAAGAUAUUGUGUCCCAGGAUGAGACUGCUACUCUCAAAGUCUUAUAUUCUUUGUUCAGAACUUACAAGUGAAUUCAGCACUUUAUCUGCCAGUUACCCUCCCUGACUUCUUACCAGGAAACCAAGACCAAGUGUCCUUCCCUCAAUCGAUGCCAGCAAGAAGUGGGAUUCUUACAUGGUCAAAAUAAUAUCCCUUCUGACAUUUUUGUAUUAAAGGAACCGGCACUAUUGUACUUCUUCUUCUAUGGACUCUUCAGAUUACUCUUGCAGGAUAUGGGUCUUAUAGUUGGGUGAUUGUUGAAACUAAGGUAUUUGUUAACCUCAGACAACUCUAUUUUCCUGGGCUUCAAUUGUUUCCUGUUUAUGGAACAUACUUCUGAUUUUUCCCUUUAAAUAUCUCCAGUCCUUGGGGAAAUGCCAUUGAAUUUAACAGUCCAGAUUAUAUAGCUGCUCAAGAGUUCAUUCUACCCAGGAACACUUCCUCUCAUCUGUACCGUAUUGAGAGUACCAGUCAGAGGAGUCAGGUGACACACUGAUUUGAAUGAUUUGAGCUCCACUUACUGAAUCUAUUUGGGUGUGCUCAUGGGUGACACCAGAUUAAGGUACUGCUCAACAAAGUAAUCCUGCUGAGGCCUAUACAAAUAGAUUAAGAAGUUUCAAAAAUAUUUUGAUGAGAGUUGACCAUUCUGACCAAUAAUGAUUCUCCUUUCCUUCAUUUAACGCAAACAAAAUAAGGUUUGCUUGAAAUAUGGUGGUGCUCAGACUACCAUUAUAUUUGCAUUAUUCUGAUAAGGAACCUAUAAGACAUAUCUAAAUUUCUCAAUGUAAACUACUAUUUUCAAAUAUUUGUAUAAAUUAUCUAUGCCCUGAUGU